AAGUUCCAUAAAUUUCUCAUCCAAAUCACAACAAACCAUUCAAAACAGAGAGUUUUUAUUUUCAAAGAUCAUAAGAAAAAAUGGCAGGAAUCAUGGGAAAGAUUAGUGAUGCACUUCACAUUGGUGGAGACAAAAAAGAUGAUGAACACAAGAAAGUUGAUGAACAUAAGAAAGUAGAUGAACACAAAGAAGGAGGACACUAUGGCAGUGGAAGCCAUGAUGAACAUAAGAAAGAAGGAGAACACAAAGAAGGAUUCAUGGAGAAAAUCAAAGAUAAAAUCAGCGGAGAUCACAAGGAGGGAGAAGAUGGUGAGAAGAAGAAGAAGAAGAAGAAAGAGAAGAAGAAGCAUGAUGAUGGUCAUGAAAGCAGCAGCAGCAGUGACAGUGAUUAGAUCUCUUCUAAUGUCAUCUCUAUUCUCUUUAAGGGUAGAGGAGAUGUGAAGAAAACAAAAACAGAGUGCUUAUGAUUCUACUUUGUAAAGUAGAAGUAUAUUUUUCUAUCUGUUUCUCACUAUGUAAUAGCUUGGAAAAAAUUAAAAAAAAGAAAAAAAAAAAGUGUGAAUCAAAUCGUUGCUGUAAUAAGUAGUAUUCAGUAAUGAAAUAACAGUUAUUUAACAUUUUC